AUGAUGUUGUUCGACGACGGGGAUGCAGCUCUGCUCAAGAAGUGGAUUGUGAAGCGGUUGGAGGAUAUCUCUGAUGCGGACUCGGACGUACUUGCGGACUACGUAUUGGCACUCUUACGGCAUGAUCAAGUUGACGACGAGGUUAAGAAACUAUGUAUCGAACAGCUUGAUGAUUUCCUACGCGAACACACGGAACAAUUCGUCAAUGAUGUCUUCCUCACUCUGAAAACAAAGAGUUUUAUCUCCGUAAAUUCUACCCUCGCCGGCUCGGCUGGCGUCUCAAUUCUCCCACCAUCACCACCUGCACCACUGGAAAGAGAAUCUUCCCAAAGCUCAGAUUACAGGAGAGAGCGGGAUGACCGCGAAUCACGUGGACAGAAGCGAGGUUAUUUUGAUCGCGAUCGGGACGGCGGAAGGGGGCAAGACGGUCACUACGGUCAGAGCAGCGGUAAUAGCAGUCGGGGAUUCAAGGCACCGCGUCGCGCUGGGGCCUCGGGACCGGGUAGAUGGACGAGAGGCGACCCUGCUGGGGCUCCUGCGAGAGGAGGAUAUCAGGGCCCACAUUCACCGGCGCAACAGCAUCAACAGCCUGUAACGCCACAGCCAGAUAAUCACUUUGUUCCUCCUCCACCCGGGCCGCCGGCGCCGAUGCCAUUCGCCAUGCCGGGGAUGCCACCGCCGCCAGGAUUCCCAUGGGCAGUGCCAAAUCCAAACGAUCCGAUGGCAGCAUUUUUGGCUGCACAGGCAGCGGCGGCAUGGGGCUUCCCGCCUGUAAUGGGCGCGAUGCCGGGGGCGAAGCCAGGCGAGGAGAAAAAGAUUGUGAAAAAGAUUGGAGAGCGCUGUAAGGACUAUGACGAGAAGGGCUUCUGUAUGAAAGGUGAUAUGUGCCCGUAUGAGCACGGUACAGACCAUAUUGUGGUUCCGGGGGAGGAUGCUGCAGAAGAGUACGACCCAAACAACUCACAGUUAUUCACCAAUUCUAAAGCUCCCUCCGACCGACCUCUCCGUCAAGACCGCCCUCACCGUGGACGAGGUGGUACUCGUGGCGGCCGUGGCGGCCGCUCUGAAAUAUCCGGGAUGGGACCUUCGUAUGAUCGCUCAAACAUGACACUAGUAGUCGAGCACAUUCCCGACGACAAGUUGGCAGAAGGCUCUGUCCGCGACUUCUUUUCAAGCUUCGGAACCGUGACCAACGUUGACGUCCAGCCCCAUAAGCACCUCGCAACGGUAUCGUUUGAGCGUUGGUCAAUGGCAAAGAAGGCUUACGACUCACCUGCGCCUAUCUUUGAUAAUCGCUUCGUAAAAGUGUUUUGGUACAAGCCUGAGCCCGGGGCGGCCGCCAAUCCCAACGGCACUGCUGUGCACCAUGCCUCCGCAGAGCCUAUGGAUACUCGGAGCCACCUUAAUGACGAUGAGGAGAUCGAUAUGGAGGAAUUCAAGCAGCGACAGGAAGAGGCGCAAAAAGCAUAUGAAGCCAAGAUGGCAAAGAAGAAGGCGAACGAAGAAGCGGCCAGAGAGCUCGAAAGGCGGAAAGAGGAGCUGCUGAAACUGCAGAUGGAAGAGAAGAGGAAGCUUAUGGAAAAGCUGAAUAAGAAGAUUGCUGGUCAGGCCUCAGCGGCACCUUCCGCAUCUCCACCGCCAAAGAUGGAAGAAGGGGCAAAGAGUGCAAGCCCUGCGCCGACAAGUAAUGGGGGAUCUACGGCUCCAAAGGAUGCCGCUUCGACGGCUGCGUUGAAGGCGCAAUUAGAGGCGUUAGAAGCAGAAGCGAGGGCAUUGGGAAUUGAGGGAAAUACCGGAGAGGAGUUUGACCUUGAGGGAUUUAGAGGACGGGGUAGAGGCAGAGGGCGCUUUGCACCAAGAGGUGGCAGGGGCGGUUACAUACCCAGAGGCAGAGGCGUGCCGUACAGUCCUUAUGGAACGUACAGAGGCCGUGGAGGAUUUCAACCCGGGGGUUUCCAAGCUGCGAGAGGGAGAGGCGGUACAUUGAAGUUGGACAACCGGCCUAAGAGGGUUGCCAUCAGUGCGCCAGACCUCAAGGGCGAGAAAGACGAAGACUUUAGGCAUUAUCUGAUGAAUACGGGACUUGAGGUUGAGGGAAUUGAGCCGCAUCCUGAGAAGGAUGACACCCAGAUCAUCACCUUUAAGGACAGAAGAUCUGCCGAACAGUUCGUCUUUACCGGGAGUGAAAUACCAAACGUGGGCACGGUAUCGCUUUCAUGGUACACACCGCCUGGCGGCAGUAGCAAUCUCACCCCAACCUUCAAGCCCGCCGAUGAAGGAAUGGACGUGAAGAUGGAAGCUUCCGAAGAACUUCACCACCCCCACCACCCUGCCACAGGGGCUGGGGAUCACAGAAUGGAUGACGACUCUUACGAUCUUGCAGAAGAUGAUGAAGGCAGGUGGCUGCCAGAGUAG